AGUGAGGUCGGAAAGCGCAUGCGUCUAGUGGAUUGUAGUCUCCGUGAGGGAGACCGAGCGCGCCAGGGUCGUGUUCCGUGUCCGCGGUGUGCUGUUAUCGUCGGCGGGACAGACAGCGUUUACGGGGAUGGUCCGGGACGCCUCUUCUUCUCAGCACGGCCUGUGAGCGACAUGCUGCCCGGGGCCCCGGACCCCCCGGGGUGGAGGAGAUGGGGGAGGCAGCCGGGCCCCGGGCUGUGGUGUCCGUCCCUGCUGCUACUGCUCGCAGUUCUCCUUGGCGUCAGUGAGGCUCAGUCGGGGUCUGGGAGCGCCGGGGAGCCCGGUCUGAACGUGUACAUGAGCGAGGAGGAGGUGCGGCGGCUGAUCGGAUUGGACGCAGAACUUUAUUACGUCAGGAACGAUAUCAUAAAUCACUAUGCCCUUUCCUUUAACCUGCUCCUUCCCACCGAGACCAGCAGCCUCCACUUCAGCUGGCACACCAAAUCUAAGGUUGAGUACAAACUGGGAUUUCACGUGGACAAUCCAUUGGCUAUGGACGUACCACAGGCCAAUAUUUCACUGCAGGGGGAUGUGCCUCGCUCCUUGUCAGUCUUCAGAGUCGGUCUCUUCUGCUCUGGGAAAAUGGAGGCGGAGGUCAUGCUCGUCAUGCAGCUCAACAUAACUAUCAGCCCUGCCAAGAACAUCACAGUCCUCAACUUCAAGCGGAGGAAAAUGUGCUACAGGAAGAUUGAGCAAGAAGUGAAGCCCCCAAUAUCUCCAGACAAGAACAGCACAAGAGUUCACUUUGAUCCUGUAAAUGUCGCCCCUACCACCUCAACCCGUGUCUUCUAUAUCAGCGUCGGUGUUUGCUGCGCAGUCAUUUUCCUAGUGGCGAUUAUCCUGGCCGUGCUGCAUCUUCACAGUAUGAAGAGAGUGGAACUGGAUGACAGCAUGAGUGACAGCGGCAGCUCCCAGGGACUCUCUCAGCCUUCAACCCAGACAACGCAGUACCUACGAGCAGACACCCCCAACAACGCAACGCCCGUCACCAACGCAGUGGGGGAAAACAGCACCAGCGGCGCAGGAACGGCGCGGAAUUUAAGCGGUUAUCCAACGCUGCGGAUCGAGAAGAAUGACCUGAAAAGUGUCACCCUACAAGAGGCAAAAGCCAAGGUGAAGGACAUCGCCCUCUCCAGAGAAAGAGUGACACUUCAGGAUGUCCUGCAGGAAGGGACAUUUGGUCGAAUAUUCCACGGCAUUUUGGUAGAUGAAAAGGAUCCAAGCAAAGAGAAGGCCGUGUUUGUAAAAACUGUGAAAGAUCAAGCAUCCGAAGUUCAAAUUACAAUGAUGCUGACAGAGAGCUGCAAGUUGAGAGGUUUGCACCACAGGAAUCUUCUCCCCAUCGGUCAUGUCUGUAUAGAGGAUGGGGAAAAACCAAUGGUGCUGCUGCCUUUUAUGAACUGGGGGAAUUUGAAGCUGUUUCUGCGGCAGUGUAAGCUGGUGGAGGCCAACAACCCACAGGCGAUUUCCCAGCAGGAUCUUGUACACAUGGCGAUUCAGAUAGCCUGCGGGAUGAGUUACUUGGCCAGACGAGAAGUCAUCCACAAAGACCUUGCUGCUAGAAAUUGUGUGAUUGAUGAGUCUCUCCAGGUAAAGAUUACAGAUAACGCUCUAUCUCGAGACCUUUUCCCCAUGGAUUACCAUUGUCUUGGUGACAAUGAGAAUCGGCCGGUACGCUGGAUGUCUCUUGAGAGUCUAGUAAACAAGGAGUUUUCCAGUGCUGGGGAUGUGUGGGCAUUUGGAGUAACUCUGUGGGAACUGAUGACUUUGGGACAGACGCCUUAUGUUGACAUUGACCCGUUUGAGAUGGCCGCUUACCUAAAGGAUGGCUACAGAAUAGCUCAGCCUAUCAACUGCCCCGAUGAGCUGUUUGCAGUCAUGGCAUGCUGCUGGGCUCUGGAUCCCGAGGAAAGGCCCAAGUUCCAGCAAUUGGUACAGUGCCUGACUGAAUUCCACUCUGCACUUGGCGCAUACGUGUGAGCGGAAACUAUUACUCAUCUGGAAUAACACUGCAUGGACUAUAGCGCUCUCACAACACAGUGCCUUAGGAUACUAUGUUAAUCUUCAUUUUUUUUACAUUUUUUUUUGUAAAAUACGUUUAUAUCAAGUAUUUUAUAGUUUGUAGACCUUGGUUUCGUGGAACUGAGUGGGUUGACACUACACAGAAGAACACAACUUCAUCAGGUCUCUGUUGCAAGACUAUGAAUUGUUUCUACAAAGGACGCUCGAUGCCCUGAAGACAUUUUGUACUUUAUAAAUAUUGGACAUUUUUUAUUUUAUUUUAAGCCUACCCCUUUUGUUUAUUCUUUUUUUUAUAUAUAGGACCAUUUUAUUUUAUUUUUUAAAUAAUUGUGUUUGGACGUCUUUAAGAUGCAUCGUUCCUUUGUAAAAGGGUGAAAAGAUAAGUUAUAACACUAGACAAUGCCUCCUUAUGUAUGCUUUUGUUGACUUUAUGAUGCAUCGGUUCACUUUGUAUAUAAAGGAUAACUGUUUUCUACA